AUGAACGCUUACUGGGAUGAUAUUGAUAUUGCAUACUUUCUUCAACCAGGACUGCCCCCAUGUAAUGUAAUUGUGCGUGUACCCUCUGCAUGUUGGCGUAUCAUACAUACGAACACGUGCCAGCGUACACGUGUCGAAGACCGUGACAAAGACGUGUCCAGUAUGGAGACACCACGAGCCGGGCCCUUGCAACCAACAUACGAACGCCUGCCAGCGUACGAGUGUCAAAGACGCGUCAAGUACGGCGACACCAAGAACCAAGCCCUGUCAGACCUGUUCAAGGGAAUAGCCAACUACUAUGAGACCAUGAAAGCCUACCUACAGCCCAUUGAAUGGAUCAAGGAGGCCCCCUACCGCCAUGCGGCCGCGUCAUUGUACGCGUGUCCGUUCGAGAUAUCAUUGGACAA